AUGUCAAAACAAACAACGACAGAAAACCAAUCCCUCCUAAAUCGAGAACAACAGCAUCAUUGUAUAGUGGAAACAGCGAGGAUACGAAUCGUCGAUUUCAAAUCCGUUGCAUUUUCUGUCACGAAACCCAUUAUACCGCUUCUUGUGAGAAGAAAGUGCAAUGGGAAACACCAUCAGUCGAUAUGUUUCAAACCAACGGAUGGGAAAGGUGAUCAAUCGAAAAAUGGAGAAUCAAAGGAGGGUUCCAAGAAAAAUGAUGAAGAUAAGAGGAAGGAACAACUAAAAAAUGAACAGACUAAUCAUGAUAAUGAACCAUCAGGUUCUGUCCAGGCGACGACAACUACUACCGGCCAACAGAGAUCAUCAGUGUUACUUCAAACUGCCACUGCCUAUGCAUACAACAGCGUCAACUCAAAGAAGGUUAUGAUUCGGAUAUUGUUUGAUUCCGGAAGCCAGCGUUCCUAUAUAACGAACGAACUGAAACAAAAAUUGGAUCUUAAGUCAGAAAAAAGGGAAACCUUACAUCUGAACACCUUUGGAAAUGAUGGAUUUAAAAAGCAAAAUUGCGAGAUGUUCUCUUUCAAUCUGCAAGGAAAAAACAGCGAGAUUGAUAUAGAAAUAUCAGCAUUGGCAUUCCCAGUCAUUUGUUCACCUGUGACAACCACAAUUGAUGUUCAAGCAUAUCCCCAUUUGGACGGUUUACAAUUAGCAGACAACUCAGACAUUGAAAAUCAAUCAAUUGACAUGCUUUUGGGGGCUGAUUAUUAUUACAAGAUCAUCACAGGUGAAAUUGUCAAUGGCGAUAAUGGUCCAACUGCAGUGGCAAGUAAGCUAGGAUGGUUGCUUCUUGGUCCUACCUCAAAUACGUCUUCUUCAUACGCCUUGUCAAAUCUUGUUAUUGAUGGACGGAAAAAAACGUUGUUGGAAGAGAAUGAAAAUGACGAAUUAGUGAGAAGUUUAAAGAGAUUCUGGGAUCUGGAGUCUUUAGGAAUAGUUGAAAGUGAAAAGGUUCCAGAAUCAGAUAUCGUACAAGAUAUAACAUUCAAUGGUAAACGAUAUGAAGUGGGCCUUCCCUGGAACAACGACGAGACAGCCCCGCUUUCUAAUGAUUACGAGUUAUCUCUUAAUCGUCUAAACUCGUUGAUUAAUCGUCUCAAGAAAGAUCCAAACCUGUUUAGAGAAUACAAUGCUAUCAUUGAAGAACAAAUCAAAGAAGGCAUCGUGGAACAAGUUCCUGAAAACGAGAAAGAAAUAGACAACGCUCACUUCAUACCUCACCAUGGUGUUAUCCGUAAUGACCGAGACACGACGAAACUUCGUAUAGUAUUCGAUGGCAGUGCUAAGCAAGAGAAAGAUGGAAGUUCCUUGAAUGAUCACUUGUUGAAUGGACCGAAUUUCAUACCACCAAUAUUUGAUGUUCUUGUAAAGUUCCGGUCAUACGCUGUUGGACUGACUGCCGAUAUUGAAAAGGCGUUUCUUCAGAUCGAGGUUAAGAAAGCCGAUCGAGACAAGCUACGAUUUUUAUGGAUUCAGGACCCUAAAUCAAGUAAACCCGAAGUUCAACAGUUGCGUUUCUGUCGUCUUGUAUUUGGUCUCAAGCCAAGCCCAUCUAUUUUGGGAGGAACAGUUUUGCAUCAUUUAUCUAAGUAUCAAGAAACAGACCCAAAAAUUGUCGAGGUAUUAAAGGAGCUAUAUGUCGACGAUCUACCGACAGGUGCAAGCAACGAAGACACCGCCUUUGAAAUUUACAAGAAGUCUAAAGAAAUCAUGAGGCAAGGUGGAUUCAAUUUACGAAAGUGGAAAUCGAAUUCCAAGGAACUUUCGCACAAAAUAAAUCAAUGUGAAUUGUCAAGCGAAACCGUUAACGAUGAAAGAAACCAACUGAAGUUAAACCAAGAUGAAACGAAAGUGUCUCAAGACAAUCAAACGUACGUGAAAUCAAUGAUUGGUCCACAACUUUCAGAUGAUAACAAAACAAAGAUACUCGGAGUGAAUUGGGACGUUGAGACAGACAACCUUUAUUACGAAUUUGAUGAGAUCCAACACUAUGCUCGAAUGCUGCCUCCGACAAAACGAACUGUGUUAAGACUAGUCGCCAAGAUUUUCGACCCAUUAGGUCUUUUGAGCGCGUUUACAGUCAAACUAAAGAUGAUGUUCCAGGAUAUUUGUAAACACAAAGUGAAUUGGGACGAUGAAUUACAGGGGAGCGUACGUACACGCUUUCGAAACUCGAAGCCCGUAGAACAUCAAUUACAUGGAUUUUCGGAUGCAAGUGGGAAGGCGUUUGCUUCUGCGGUGUACCUUCGAACAAAAUACGAUGAUAAUCGUAUCGACGUAAAUUUAGUUGCCUCGAAAAGUAGAGUCUCGCCUACAAAGAAACAAACCAUACCUCGCCUGGAACUUUUGGGGGCUACUAUUUUAACCCGAUUGAUGGAAACCAUAUCCUCAACUUUAAGGUCUACCUUGGGUACUCCUAAGAGAUUUUAUUGGGUUGAUUCGUCAGCGGUCCUUUGUUGGAUCAAGAAUAACAAAUCAUGGAAACAAUACGUUCAAAACCGAGUACAAGAAAUAAGAAAAUUGUCGUCAAAGGAGUCGUGGAAAUAUUGUCCUGGGUCGAUGAAUCCAGCAGAUUUGCCAUCUCGAGGGGUAUCAGGAAAAGAACUGAAUUCAAAUGAAUUAUGGUGGAAUGGUCCAGACUUUUUAAACCGUUCAGAAGAGGAAUGGCCAAGAGAACCAUCGGCUUGUGAGAGCACUGAUUCUAUCGCAAUGUCAGAAGUUACUAAAUUCAGUCCAACGGUCAUCCACAGUUUAACCAAUCAAGCAACACAGUCCAAACCAGAUAUCAGCAAGAUUAUCGAAUGUCAGCGCUUCAGCACGAAGGGGAGACUAAUAAGAACGACGGCGUACGUACUGCGAAUUAUCAGAGUAUUAAAACGACGCGUUAGUGCACAAGAAAAUACUUCAGAGGGUCUAAAAAAGGGUAAAUCGGCUGAGUUGACUGCGGCCGAGCUGAGACAAGCGGAAGAAUUGUGGGUUCGAGCCGUUCAGCAAUUUUCAUUCAAAGACGAACUUGACUUCCUGUUGAGUAACAAAACGGCAGUGGCUCCGACAUAUGUCACACAGUUUGGAUUAUAUAUUGAUGAGCAAUCGUUGAUUCGUUGUGCUGGAAGAAUAAGAAACGCGCCAUUGUCGGAAUCGAGCAAGAAUCCAAUUUUAUUACCAAAGAAACAUUAUUUUACAGAUUUAGUCAUUCAAGAAGUCCAUAGUCGAAUUGGUCACAGCGGUAUCAAUCUAACUCUUUCGUCAUUACGUGAUCAAUAUUGGGUCAUUCGUGGACGAGAGGUAGUCAAGAAAAAUGUUAGGAGAUGUUUCUUCUGCAAACGAAUGGAGGGUCGACCGUACAGCCCUCAGAUUAGACCUCAGUUACCGAACUUUAGGGUAGAUGAUGCUCCACCGUUUGUCCACACGGGUCUAGACUUUCUUGGACCACUUUAUGUAUUGGAAAGGAAAGAUUCUAACGCCGAAGAGUCAAUGAAGAAGACUUACGUUUGUCUGUAUACCUGCGCUUCCACAAGGGCAGUCCAUCUUGAAUUGACACCUGAUCUCACUGUACCAGCGUUUUUGCGCAGUUUUCGAAGGUUUACAAGUCGAUUUGGAGUGCCUAUCACUUUGAUAUCGGAUAAUGCAAAAACAUUUAAAUCAGCUUCACGAGAAGUGAAGAACAUCGUGAGAUCAUCUGAAGUACAAUGUCAUCUUUCCAACCGUGGAGUAGAUUGGAAGUUUAUUGUUGAGCGUGCCCCUUGGUGGGGUGGGUUUUGGGAACGUAUGGUGAAAGUUGUAAAACGAGUUCUCAAAAAGGUCAUUGGUUCCUCGAAACUUACUUAUGACGAACUGUAUACAAUUCUGACAGAAGUUGAAACUAUCGUAAAUGAUCGUCCGAUAACGUAUAUCUAUGAUGAUGAAGAAUCUAUAUCCUACGCGUUAUCGCCUUCGCAACUGAUCUAUGGUCGACGCCUAGCUUCGACUCCAAACAGUGCCCAUUUCGAAUCUGUCAGCACCUGUAAGAGUUUGACAAGAAGAGCAAAGCAUCAUCGAAGAAUACUGGAACAAUUUAUCAGCCGUUGGCGUAGAGAAUACCUUUUGAGUUUGCGUGAGAAUUCACAGAAUUUGGCGAACAGUAGAAACAUCGCAAAAAUCGAAGUAGGGGAUGUCGUGGUUAUGAUGAAUGAAAAAACCAAACAACAAUUCUGGAAGUUGGCUAAGGUAGUGGAGCUAUUACCUGGACAAGAUGGAAUUGUUCGAGCAGCUAGAAUAAAAUUGGCAACUAGUGAGGGCAAGCCUACCAUUUUACAACGAUCAAUUCAACAACUUGUUCCUCUCGAAGUUACUGAAAGAUUAGAGAUUAAGCAAACAGAAGAUAAGAACGUAGAAUCUAAUCCUGCUACAAAACAAGUAUCUUCGCCGGAUAAGCAGACGAAGCAUCCACAGAUGGUAUCCAGUCGUCCACGACGGGAAGCAGCCAAAGCUAGCGAAGCAUUAAGAAGAGAAUUUGUGAGACAAAACCUUGUCUAA